AUGGACUAUAAAUUGUCAGUUGACUCAUCAAUUCAAGAACAGAUUUACAAGGAGACGGAGAAUAUUCAGGCAGCUCCAGGUUAUAUAGCCAGUAUUUUAAAGAACUAUACGGACCAUGCCUGUGAGGGAGAGUAUGUCUCGCUGAGAUGUCCUCACAGAACCACCAUCAGCAUCCAGGCAUCAUUUUAUGGCCGUGUGGUGCCAAGCCAUCAGAUGUGUCCUUCCCGCUACCCACAGUCUUAUGCCACUCUGAUUAAGGAAGAUGUUGCCUGUUCUGCUGGUACUUCCCUUCAGAAGAUGCUGGAAGAGUGUCAGGACAAACGGAGUUGCCAAUUUCUCGUCAAUAAUCGACUGUUUGGUGCUGAUCCGUGCCCAGGAACCAGCAAGUACCUCCUCGUAUGGUAUAAAUGCAGGCCAAAUGAGUAUAAGAGCAAAGUCGCCUGCGAAGAUGAUAAACUGAGGCUGAGCUGCAAACGAAGCACGGUGAUUGCGAUUUACUCCGCGGUUUUUGGAAGAAACCACGGAGGUAGUCUGGAAUGUCCCUACCACAAUUUAGGGAUUCCUGCGAUAGAGUGCCAGUCUGACACAGCUCUUCAGCUUAUGACGAGGCGCUGCCAUGGCAAACGGAGCUGUAGUGUGUAUGCCAGCACGUCCGAGUUUGGAGACCCGUGUUACCCAGGCAUCCGCAAACACCUCAAUGUUAUCUACACGUGUGUACCCAAGAAACUGCUGCAUGAAACUCAGCCAGAUCCCCCGAACUCCCAAGUUGCUCCUCAGCCCGGUUUCCCACAGCUGCCAAGAGAACAUGAUCCGAACAUAAUAGGAGACGGAACGUUUAUCUCUGAUGCCUCAUCGUCCAUCACAGAGCACGUUCUGCCAGAAAAGAAGAAAGGGAGGUCUGCUACCUUUUACCCGCUAGACACGCAGUCUUUGCUCCUUCCGGUGGAUGAGAGGAUCGCAGUCAAGGGCGCGAUGGAGCCUGCUGGUACCAGCACAGAAAUGGAGCUUCUCAGCAACAUCCUCGCAGCAUAUUCCUUCAUCACAGAAAACCCUGAGCGUGCUGCUCUGUAUUUCGUCUCCGGCGUGUGCAUUGGACUGCUCCUGACCCUGCUGGCCCUGGUGCUCCGAGUUUCCUGCCGGACCGACUGCAAACGCUCACUGCCCAAGAAGCCGCUGCGGGAGAGCGACAGCGACACCAGCGAGAGCGAUGACGACUCAGACACCACGUCGGACCUGUCAGCCCGCCGGCACCGCAGGUUUGAAAGGACUUUGAACAUGAACGUCUUCACUUCAGCUGAAGAGCUGGAGAGAGCUCAACGGCUGGAAGAAAGGGAGCGCAUCAUCAGGGAAAUAUGGAUGAAUGGGCAACCAGAUAUUCCAGGGACCAGAAGCCUGAAUCGCUACUACUAAUGGCUGGCCCAGUUGACCAUUUGGUACUACACAGAUGGAGCCUUCUAAGCCUACCAGGGUGGAUGAAGGCAGAGAAGAGCCUUACUCUAUGAUGUCUUCCUUUCCAAAGAUCUUGUGGAAGGAUUGACGGCAAAAACACUUCCCUUCAUUCCUUUUAUCCCACCUAAUGACUACUCGAGCCAGGUUAAUCACCAACCAGUAUUUUCUUCACCUAACUCUCUGUUACAGGAGAAAAAAAGUUCAGCUGGUGUUAUUUUGGAGUGCAACAGGACACCUGAGAUUAUCAGAUGAUAUUUUGGAAGAUUUGGAAAUUAUGGCACUGAUUUUUAAUUUCUUUUUAGCUGGUUUGUUUUUGCUUUCUGAGUGUUGUAAUAGAGGAGCUUGGUAAGGAUUAUUUCAAGACCAGUGGGUUAGAUCCAGAGGACAUCUUAUGCAAGCAGAAGGCACUUUUGUUUGUGCAAGGGGGGUGGGAGAUCCCCAGUUCCUGCAAGUUCACCUCCACUGCCUCUCACUGUAUUUGGAAGCCUCCCCUGACCUUCAGGAGUGGCUUUUGGGAGGCAUCCCAGGGGUAUAAAGCAGGCGAGCUCUUUUCCCAUCCGUAGAAGUCCACUUACGUUCCUUAGGAUCCAACCCCAUGUUGGCGACGAAGGAACCUCAGCUGAAAGGAAUGCGGAAUGACUGUCCUGUAACUUUAGAAAGUCAUGGAAUUACUCUUAGUUAGGAAAGAAAAGAGAGGAAGGAAAAGGCUACUUCAGAACUGGGAAUUCCCAUACUUCUCGGUGCUUGGACAUUCAGUAGUUUAUCUUGUUAUUUAAGACUGUGUUUUUAACCUUUCUUUUUCAGUGGCAGCCUUUUUAUUGACACCUCAGGGAUAAAAUCCUUCCCCACAACCCAAGCGAAUUGAUGCCCCCCUCCCGCCAUUCCUUUUUAUGCGUUCUUCCAACAGAGACUAUAUUGGGUUCUAGAGCUGUGCCAGUGGUGGGUAAACUGUUAACAACCUCAAAGAGGUUGAAAGAUUUUUUUUUUGCUUGUUUAAAGAAAAUAUAUAUAUAUAUAUAUAUUUGAAAAUACUGCACCGUGAUGUGCCUUAUUGAUGACUAGUGUUAAAAUACAGUUUUCUUACAGGCAGCGAUGCACAUUGUUUUAUAUAUUUUAUUCCAAAUAAAAUAUAAACAGAAAAAUAUUUCUAUUUAUGUUAACAGGAAGAAAACGGGAAUGAGAGGGGUCAGAAAUACUACAUAGGGAUGAUAAUAGAUGCUAAAUAAAUUGUGGUCUUCUUUGUA